CUCUUCUUUCUUAACUAACCCAAAAAAAAACACAGCCCCAAAUCACCCACAAACACAAACACAGAUCAAGAACCUAAACCCAUCAAUGGCUGCUGCAACAAUGGCCGCUGCCUCAACCGUUAUGGGCUUGGGCACUUCCUCCCUCAUCUCCCCCAAGAAAUUAAACCUUUCCUCAGGAUUCAUCAAAUCCUCAGCCCCAGCAAGGAACCCUCUGAGGCUUGCACAAGCGUCAGGGGGAAAGUUCACUUGCUUCGAGAGAGAUUGGCUGAGAACUGACCUGAACGUGAUCGGAUUCGGGCUGAUCGGUUGGCUGGCGCCGUCGAGCAUUCCGGCGAUCAACGGCAGCAGCCUGACGGGGCUCUUCUUCGGGAGCAUUGGCCCCGAGCUCGCGCACUUCCCCACGGGCCCCGCCCUCGAUUCUCCCUUCUGGCUGUGGAUGAUUCUGUGGCACCUUGGGCUGUUCCUGACGCUUACGUUUGGGCAAAUUGGGUUCAAGGGAAGAUCUGAAGGGUAUUUCUAGGGCGGGUGAUGUAUUUGUGAAUUUGUAUCAUAAUGUCACCCACUUGGUGAUUUUAAUUUUAUCGUCACGGCCAGUAAUGUGUUGCAGAUUGAAA